AUGAGAACACACACGGGCGAGAAGCCCUACGAAUGCAGUCAGUGUGGGAAAGUUUUCAAAUGGCCCUUGUCCUUACGAACACACAUGAGCAUACACAGUGGAGAGAAACUUUAUGACUGUAAACACUGUGGGAAGGUCUUCAGCUGGCCUGUACACUUGGAGGCACAUAUGAGAAUGCAUUCAGAUGAGAAGCCCUUCGAAUGUAAGCAGUGUGGGAAAGCCUUCAAGUGGCCCUUAUCCUUGCGAGCACACGUGACAACUCACACCGGGGAGAAGCCCUAUGAGUGUCAGCAGUGUGGGAAAGCCUUCAGUCAGCUCUCUUACCUUCGCGAGCAUGUGAGAAUUCACACUGGAAAGAAACCUUACGAUUGCAAGCAGUGUGGGAAAGCCUUCAAGUGGCCCUCAUCGUUACGGAAACACCUGAGAUUGCACACCGGAGAGAAGCCCUACGAAUGUAAGGAAUGUGGGAAAGCCUUUAAUUGGCCCAUAUCCUUACGAGCACAUAUGAGGAUGCACUCUGGUGAAAAGCCCUAUGAAUGCAAGCAGUGUGGGAAAGCCUUCAACUGGGCUAUGUCUCUACGGACACACAUGAGCACACACACCGGGGAGAAGCCCUAUGAAUGUAAACAGUGUGGGAAAGCUUUCAAUUGUCCUAAACAUUUACGAGAACACAUGAGAACACAUUCUGGUGAGAAACCCUACGAAUGCAAGCAGUGUGGGAAAGCCUUCAGUUAUCUCCAAAACCUCCGUAGGCAUGAAAGGACUCACAGUAAAGACAAACGCUACGAAUGUAAUCAGUGUGGAAAAGCCUUUAGUCAACUCUCAUACCUUCGAGGACAUAUGAGGAUGCACACUGGAGAGAAACCCUAUGUCUGUCAGGAAUGUGGGAAAGCCUUCCAGUGGCCCUCAUUUUUAUCAAAUCAUAUGAGAGUGCACAGCAGAGAGAAGCCCUACCCCCAUGAGUGUAAACAGUGUGGGAAAGCUUUCAGCCAACUGUCAUACCUUCGAGGACACGUGCGAAUGCACACUGGAGAGAAACCCUACGUGUGUAAGGAGUGUGGGAAAGCCUUCAGGAGCCCCUCCUCAUUACCAGUGCACAUGAGGACACACACUGGAGAGAAGCCCUACAUCUGUCAGGAAUGUGGGAAAGCUUUUAACUCGUCUUCCGCUUUAAAGAGCGCCGGGGCGGAACUUGGCGAAUUAGCCAAUCAGGGGCUCCAGGAGCGGGACGGCGCCCCCGAAAGCAACUCAGACGUAAUUAUUCCGCGCGGUCGCUGCCGGACAGUUUCCGACGGCUGCUCCACGGUCUCUGGCGUCCUGGUCCCGGUGGAGCGGACGCUGGGAGAUGGCCCCGGCUCCACUCUGAGCUCCCGGGACCUGAGUCUGCGGACAGGCGGACGGACCCUUGGCUGCUCCGGCUCGCUGGGCUGGGCUGGCCUCGCCGCCCACCGGGACCCGGGGCGUCCAGUCCGUCCCCGUGUGCGGAGUUCUCGCGUCCCGUACAGACCGUCUUCUCAGGGCUGGCACGAAAUCCCCAAAUCCCAGACCCCUCCCGGCUUUCCCAAAGGCCAGCUGCUCCCCAGCAAUCAACUCUUUUGA